CGCGUGUGGUUCGUGUGUGUGUACAUGUGCCAUCGUCACCACCACCGUCCGCAGCAGUAACGGGAAAGAAGGGGACUCGAGCCGCAGUGGCCGGAACCGAAAAAUGGACGCGACGCCGCGGCGACUCAUCUCCGGUUUGCUUUUGUUCGCCCUCGCCACAUUACACCUCGGUUAUGCCAGAAACGGACCCAAUUAUUACGGCAAGUUGAUCGGUACCUUACAAAAUUACGCGCACGGCAUCAAAGGUAAAGCAUACGCCGUGGACGAUGCGACGAUAUUCAUCAAAGGAUUCUGCUACGACGGUACCGGGCCGGACGCUUACUUCUGGGUCGGGAACAGCACUAUGCCCAGUCCCGAGGGUUACAUCGUACCUUAUCCCGAGACCGAUAAGGAGAGUGACCCGCAAGUACUGGGAGCGUACAACUAUACAGACAUCAUCCUAAGGUUACCCGGCGGAAAGCGCAUACGAGACAUCAAAUGGCUGAGCGUCUGGUGCAGGAGAUUCACGGUCGAUUUCGGCGAUGUUUACAUACCGCACGAUCUGAAAGUGCCGAAAUUGCAAGUGCUCCCCGAGUUCUCGAGAUUAGCGCAUGAUCUCCGUAGCGGCAACAUCAGUAUUCUAGACAGCAAAACCAUCUACAUCCCGAACUUGCAUUACGACGGUGGCGGCCCGGACGCUUACUUCUGGGUGGGCAAUGGCUCGGAGCCCAGCCACUUCGGUAUCAAGGUCCCCAACGAGAUAGGCAGUUUGGCACCAUUAAGAGGAUACCAAGGAGAGGACAUCGAGAUCGUUUUGCCGGGGAACCUGACGGUGUACGACAUCAACUGGCUUGCGGUGUGGUGCGUCGAAUACAGGCACAAUUUCGGCCACGUUCUAAUUCCAAAGGACCUCGACGUACCUCCGGCUCUCGGCCAGACGAAAAUUACGCCGCCAUGGUGGUACAAUCCGACGAGCAGCACACCCACACCUAAAGCAGUGAGUAACUGCAAGGAGAUGUUGGAGGGUCGUGUUCAGGUGCAGUGGCAGUUGAAGGGUGAGAACGUGCAGAUUCGGAUUUCGGGACGUAUCAGGGAGGACCAAUACGUGGCUUUCGGGUUGUCGGGUCGGGACGGCACGGCACAGAUGAUCGGCGGCGAUGUCGUCGUGAUCGGUUACGACAAUAGAACCGGCAAGUUCAUCGCCGAGGACUACUACAUGUCGGACUUCGCUCAGUGCGACGGCAAGAGGGGUGUGUGCCCGGAUAAGAGGAUCGGCGGUAAGAACGACGCGGUACUCCUGCAUGGCGAACGGAAGAACGGCAUAACAACUGUUACGUACACGCGUCCGUUGAGGACUAACGAGCCGGAGAAGGACAAAAUAAUCCCGGAAAUGGAGACGAGCGUGAUCGCUGCCAUCGGACCGCUGAACGCGAAGGGCGAAGCCAAUGCUCACGAGAGAUUCGAUAAGACCACCGAAGACAUUCGUAUCGAUUUUACGUCGAGGAACGUCCACGAGUGUACAAAUUCUCUGUACAAUAUUCCAGACUCGCCCGAUCUCAAACCGUGGACACCGGCCGUUAUCAACGAUAAGGACACUUUCAGUGUCAGAAUCGGGCCGACCGGCGGGAAAAGAGGAUACUCGCGAAUAACGGGUACACCCUCCUGGGGCAUCGCCUGGUAUAUCAACGACUUACUGAUCCCGGAGCUCACCGUGGAGAGGGGCCAGACUUAUACUUUCAUCGUGGAGGGCGGAAACGACUCCGUCAAUCCUGCUAGGUAUCAUCCGUUCUACAUAACCAACAGUCCGACGGGUGGUUACGGACAGAAGAACGAGGAGGAACAGAUGGAGCAGAAGGUAUUCGCCGGUGUGAAAUACGAUUUCAACGGAUAUCCCUAUCCGACCGCGGCCGGCCGUUACUGCGAGUGGGUGCGCACCACGGUAGACAGCGCGGACAACUACGAGACGUUCAACAGCUUCUUCCGCACGCUCGAGCUCAAGUGCGACAAGGGGGAGCCUGCCAAGCUCGUGUGGACCGUCGAGGAGGAUACACCGGACUUAGUAUACUACCAGUGUUACACGCACAACCAUCUGGGCUGGAAGAUCCGCGUCGUUGACGCGGGAUACCGGUCGCAGAGAAACGUCAACGGCGUCAGUCAAGUUUUGCCUACGUUCGCGAUCCUCGUGACAUCCAUGCUCGCGGUCUUUUUAUUCUCGAGGUGAAUCGUCGGAUCUUUUUCUUUCAACGCGGAACAAACGAUGGAGGAGGAGAAGGAGGAGCAGGAGAAGAAGGAAAACGAUGAUGACGACGGGGUACUGAUCGAUUUAAGAUAUGGUCACGAAAAUUGUGACAAUUCAUGAUGCGAUUGUUAAAUCGGCGAAACACGAUACAAGGUUGUAAGAAAGUAUUUAGCACGUAAGCUUUUAUUCGUAAGGAUGAAAAAUUAGCAAAAUAUUUUUAAGACCUAUCAGA